AUGAAGAACUUUCACCUCAACAUUGACAAAGAAGUGGAGUGGGUUGGAAGUUUUCCUAAUGAUCGAGAUGAACCAGUAGAAGGUGAUGAAGAAUUAGAGAGUAGAAGGGAGUUAGACUUCAUCAAGAAUGAAAAAAACAGGAUUAGAGUGGUUUGCAAAGGGAAAAUACCAAACCUUGGGAUAUUAGAAACAGGUGGGACCAACAAAAGUAAUGACAAAGUGGAACCCGGUCAAAAGAAAAAGAAAGUGAAAGAUGGUUCUAUUCAUAAAUGCCCAUGGGUCCUACUAGUGAGUAAAUGGAAAAAAGACAUUAACUGGACUGUUAAGACCUAUGAAAAGCAACAUACAUGCCUUCAAACAAGGAAAAUUAGGGCAUGCAACUACAAGUUUCUCUCUGAACAGAUUGUUGACACAGUGGAGGCAAACCCAGAAAUACCACUUAGAGCAUUACGUGAGAUGCUUGAGAAGAAAUACCAAGAGGUGCAGAGUAGAAAUCCAAACACCACAGUCAAACUUCAAGUGCAAAGUGAACCAUGUUAUGCAUCUGAGACCAGGGUAUUUGAACGAGUAUACAUUUGUCUUGGUCCACUGAAAAGUGGAUUUGCAGCAGGGAAAAGAGAUUUACUAGGGCUUGAUGGUGCAUUCAUGAAGGGUCCAUACCAUGGUAUGAUCCUAACAACAGUGGGUUUAGAUGGGAACAAUUACACAUACCCUUUGGCAUAUGCAGUUGUUGAAGAAGAAAACUUUAAUUCAUGGACUUGGUUUUUAACUAACUUAGGAGAUGAUCUUGGUUUGUAUGCAAAAUCCAACUUCACUUUCAUAUCAGAUAGACAGAAGGGGUUAUUGCCUGCACUUGAGAAACUUUUCCCAGCAGCAGAGCAUAGAUAUUGCCUAAGGCAUCUUCAUGAGAACAUGAAACGUAAAUGGAGGGGAAAGGAAUUCAAGGAUUGUCUUUGGAAAUGUGCAACAUGUACCACCAUACCACAAUUCAACAGUGCCAUGGAAGAACUAAAGAAACUUAACAGUGAAGCAUAUGACUGGCUUAAUUCUAUUCCAUCUAAGCACUGUUGUGUUUUAUUAGGGAGGGCACAUUGUGAUGCUUUGUUGAAUAAUAUGUGUGAGAGUUUGAAUAACAAGAUAGUGAAGGGUCGUGAUAAGCCAAUUAUCAGUUGCUUGGAGUUUAUUAGGGAGUAUAUCAUGAGGAAAAUUGUCAUGGUUCAAAAAGAAAUUGACAAAGCUAAUGGCCCAUUAACUCCUACAUCCACUAAGACCCUUGAAAAAAUUAAAGAAAGGGCGGUACAGUGUAGGGUAGUGUUCUGUGGCAAUGGGAAGUACCAGGUUACAAGUGAAGGUACUAAUCAGUAUGUGGUUAAUGUGGACCAACAAACUUGUUCAUGUAACAGGUGGGAACUGACUGGCAUACCCUGCAAACAUAGUAUAACAGCUAUAUGGGAUAUGAGGCUCAACAAUGAAAAUGUUGGAAUACCUGAGACACGGACCAAAAAAAAGAGAAGAAGAUCUGCAACAGAAGAUGAUGGACUGUCCACAAAAUGGAAAUCUGUAACAUGCACAAAAUGUGGAAAUGUGGGCCAUAAUGGAAGGACCUGCAAGGGAAAAUCACAGACUGGGAAUGGAACAGGAGAAGGUGCAGCAGGGAAUACAACAGAAGAAGGUGCAGCAGGUAGCAGUGGUGGUGUACAAAAUGGAGUUGGGAACAAAGGAAAAAGCCCCAUGCUUUGA